GAAUCUAUAUCCGAAUCUGAUUCGCUCCUAAAGACCUAGCUUUACCUCUUUUCCUCUUCUGGUAAAGCCUAUCAAUAAUUAACUAGAUCAAACAGACUGGAGGGACAUCAUGCCGAUCCCAUGAGAGAUUUUUUUAUAUUUGAGAUCAAAAAAGCUUCUCGGAUCAUACAAUCACUUCAAAGCAGUGUUUCAAAAUCUGUCAACAAGAUGUGUAGCUGGGAGUUUGUAUAUUUCACAAUGAGGGAAAUUGGCCUUACCGAAAGCAUGCUUCGUCCUCCAAAUUACAGGGGAGUUCGGAUCUAUCACAGCAGAAGAUGCAACCGCUAUUAUGCGCUCUUUCCCGAUGGUAGUCAAUUAUAUUCUAGCACUGGAGGAAUGGGAGCAACCAAAUUUAAGAUCCCUCCGAGCGACCAACUGACACCAGAGCGUCAACAGCGCAUACUUGAGCAAGUAGCAAAGCGCGUUCAGAGAGAAAACGCAUCGGUCCAGCGACAGGACGCUGAUUAUAAGGCCAAACAUUUCCCUCACCGUGUCAGACCUGUCGAUUGUAAUUUUUGACAAAGUCUUCCUCGUGAGAUGUCAGGAAGUGGCAUUCGGCGCGAUCAGCGAUCAACAUCAUGUCGUUUUAGUCGCAACGCAACAACCCACAUUGCCAGGAACGAAAGCCAAUGAGCCAACACUCCAUGAAUAAACAACGAAUCGAAUCGUCUACGAAAUACGGUAUACAAAAAUCGGGACUUUAUCUCUCCAAGAUCAGUCUGAGGCCCAGAGCAUCUAGGAAGAUGUAACAAUCGCGGACGAGGGAGGUCGUUAAACGAGUCGAAUCAACAGAAAGGGAUCCUGCGGUUUAUAAAGUUGGCACUUUCUAUGAAAGGAUCCACUAUCAAAUUUAUAGGAACAGCAAGAAUGGUGUUUGGCUUAGAGUAGAUUUGGGAGAUUGGGAUGGGUACACGAUAAUGGUUGCGUUCUGGCACAAACACGAAAUAAUGGUAUCAGAAAUAUGUUUCAAGGGUGGCCUUUCUCGAUAUCAAUGGCGCAGAGUGGAUAGCUUGCGCAUUCAUUUCAACGGAUGGUGGAAAUGUAGAUGAAUUAUCUUGGAUAUAGAUUUUGAGAUAGUUUUGGGGUAUCUGGGAUGAAGAAUGUAUAUGAGAACAGCAAAUACAUCAUUAAAUAGAACUCCUCGUAUGAAGUUGAAUUCAUUUUGGUAACGAUGUGUAUA